UUGAGUGGAGCACGAGAGCUUCCACGCUGCUGCAGGUUUCAAGCAGACCGGCGUGAACUUCCACUACAGGCAACGUUACAGAAGACCAGCUGGUUUUUCCAGGACACGUGUAGGAACACCGGGUGUGUGUGCGCGCGCGCGCGUGUGGAAGAACAUCAGCUGAAGCCAUUACUACUCACGUGGUUCCAUCACCACCACCACCACCAUCAUCAUCAUCAUCUCUACCUGUGUGAUCUUAUCAGGAGGAGAACAGUAGAUCACUUGAGAUCCAGUUGUGAAGAUCAGAUCUAAUUCCUGCUCAACAUGUCCAUCAUCAUGGCAUCUCUGAUCCUCGAGGACGGGACCACGUAUAAAGGCCGUCUUUUUGGUGCCAAUACUUCAGUGUCUGGAGAAGUUGUUUUCCAGACAGGAAUGGUGGGCUACCCUGAGGCCCUCACUGACCCCUCGUAUAAAGCCCAGAUUCUGACUUUAACCUACCCGCUGAUUGGGAACUACGGCGUCCCCAGUGACACCCCUGGUGAAUUUGGGCUUAGCAAGUGGUUUGAAUCUGCCAAGAUCCAUGCUGCUGCUCUCAUCGUUGGAGAAGUUUCUCAGGAUCCCAGCCACUGGAACUCGAACAAGUCUCUGGAGAAGUGGUUGAAGGAGCAUGGUGUUCCUGGGCUGCAGGGGGUCGACACGCGUUCUUUGACCAAAAAGAUCCGGGAAAAAGGAACCAUGCUGGGAAAGCUCGUGGUGGAUGGGACCAUAGCUGAAAGCAUACCUUUUGACAAUCCUGAUAAUCGGAACUUGGUGAAAGACGUGUCUUUGAAAGAGCCCAGGGUUUUCAAUAUGGACGGCAGGUUAAGGAUUGUCGCGGUUGACUGCGGUAUUAAGUACAAUCAGAUCCGCUGCUUGUGCGCCAGAGGUGCACAGGUCACCGUCGUUCCUUGGGAUUAUCCUCUGAAUGCCGAAGACUUCGAUGGACUCUUUAUUAGUAACGGUCCUGGUGACCCCAAGUUCUGCAAGGAGACUAUAGAAAACCUGAAAAAGAUUGUAUGUGUGGAAAAGCCCAAACCUGUGUUUGGAAUUUGCUUGGGUCAUCAGCUGCUCUCUUUGGUUAUCGGGGCAAAGACGUACAAAAUGAAAUACGGGAAUCGUGGCCACAACCAACCAUGCAUCCAUAAAGGUACAGAACGUUGCUACAUCACAUCUCAGAACCACGGAUUCGCAGUGGACCCCCAAACCCUUCCUGAAGACUGGGAUGUUCUCUUUACCAACGCGAAUGACCACACGAACGAGGGCAUUGUGCACAACUACAAGCCUCUCUUCAGUGUACAGUUCCACCCCGAGCACAUGGCCGGACCCACAGACCUGGUGAGCCUUUUCGAUGUUUUUCUGGAUGUCGUCCGGGAUGCCAAAGAGGGCAGAGCUGGCAAUUCAGUGAAGGAAAGGCUGACUCAGCAUCUUACCUUCCCUGGAUCGCCAAAGCCAGAGGACUUUGUUCGGCCCCGAAAAGUGCUCAUUCUGGGUUCUGGAGGUCUCUCUAUUGGACAAGCUGGAGAAUUUGAUUAUUCUGGCUCUCAGGCAAUUAAAGCUCUUAAAGAAGAGAACAUCCAGACGAUUCUCAUCAACCCUAACAUUGCUACAGUGCAGACCUCCAAAGGCCUCGCUGACAAAGUCUACUUCCUUCCCAUCACCCCAGAUUAUGUCACACAGGUGAUCAAGAACGAGCGUCCUGAUGGAGUCCUGCUGGCGUUCGGGGGUCAGACGGCUCUGAACUGCGGAGUGGAACUGACCAAGCUGGGAAUUCUUGAGAAGUAUAACGUGAGAGUUUUGGGAACCCCUGUGGCCUCUAUCGAGAUGACCGAAGACAGGAAGAUCUUUGUGGAAAAAAUGGAGGAGAUCGACGAGCACGUUGCACCGAGCGAGGCAGCGAUGUCCGUGGAGCAGGCGGUAGCUGCGGCUGAGAGGCUCGGGUACCCUGUCCUGAUCCGCUCGGCGUUUGCGCUGGGAGGCCUGGGCUCAGGAUUCGCCAACAACAAAGAAGAGUUGAUCGCUCUGGUCAUGCAAGCCUUAGCCCACACGUCGCAGGUCCUCGUGGACAAGUCCCUCAAAGGCUGGAAGGAAAUCGAGUACGAAAUCGUACGAGACGCUUACGACAACUGCAUCACGGUUUGUAACAUGGAGAACAUCGAUCCUCUGGGAAUCCACACGGGCGAGUCGAUAGUCGUGGCUCCGAGUCAGACGCUGAACGAUUACGAGUACAACAUGCUGAGGAGCACGUCCAUCAAGGUCAUCCGCCACCUGGGGAUCGUGGGCGAGUGCAACAUUCAGUAUGCCGUCAAUCCGGAAUCCGAGCAGUAUUACAUCAUCGAAGUGAACGCCCGUCUCUCCCGGAGCUCCGCUUUGGCCAGCAAGGCUACAGGAUACCCCCUGGCCUACGUUGCUGCUAAACUUGGACUGGGAAUCCCCCUGCCUGUCCUUAAAAACUCCGUCACCAAUUCCACAACCGCAAACUUUGAGCCGAGUCUUGACUACUGUGUGGUGAAGGUUCCUCGCUGGGACUUGAGCAAGUUCCUUCGGGUUAGCACCAAAAUCGGAAGCUCCAUGAAGAGCGUUGGAGAAGUGAUGGCCAUCGGACGAAGCUUUGAGGAGGCUUUCCAGAAAGCUCUCCGGAUGGUGGAUGAGAACUGUGUUGGGUUUGACCGCACCAUCAAACCGGUUUCUGAGCAGGAGCUUCAGAUCCCUACAGACAAGCGUAUAUUUGUUCUGGCGGCAGCCCUGUAUGCUAACUACAGCAUCGACCGCCUGUAUGAGCUGACCAAAAUCGACCGCUGGUUCCUGUACAAGAUGAAGAACAUCGUGGAUCACGAGAAGCUCCUGGAGACCUAUAACCAGGAUGAAAGUGCCAUGCCGACCGAGGUGAUGAGAAGGGCAAAGCAGCUGGGCUUCUCCGACAAACAGAUCGCUCUCUCCGUUCAAAGCACUGAGCUGGCCGUGAGAAAGCUGAGGCAGGAUUGGAAGAUUCUGCCGAUGGUCAAGCAGAUCGACACCGUGGCUGCCGAGUGGCCUGCUUACACCAAUUACCUCUACAUGACGUACAACGGCACGGAGAGCGACGUGGCAUUCGAGGAACCUCACGUCAUGGUGAUCGGAUCCGGUGUCUACCGCAUUGGCAGCAGUGUCGAAUUCGAUUGGUGUGCCGUGGGAUGCAUCAAGGAGCUUCGGAAGAUGGGUUACAAGACUAUAAUGGUGAACUACAAUCCCGAGACGGUCAGCACGGACUACGACAUGUGCGACAGGCUCUAUUUCGACGAGAUCUCUUUUGAGGUGGUAAUGGACAUAUACGAAGUGGAGAACCCGGAGGGAGUGAUUCUUUCCAUGGGAGGCCAGCUCCCCAACAACAUCGCCAUGUCCUUGCACAGGCAGCAGUGCCGCAUCCUGGGCACCUCGCCGGAGUUUAUCGACUCCGCUGAGAACCGGUUCAAAUUUUCCAGGAUGUUGGACACCAUUGGGAUCAGCCAACCUCGCUGGAAAGAGCUUUCUGAUACCGAGUCGGCGAUGCAGUUCUGCGAGGCGGUUGGAUACCCAUGUCUGGUGAGGCCGUCUUACGUCUUAAGCGGAGCCGCCAUGAACGUCGCAUACUCCGAUAGCGACCUGGAGAAGUUCCUGAGCAGCGCCGUCGCCGUUUCCAAAGAGCACCCGGUGGUUAUCUCCAAAUUUAUCCAGGAGGCCAAGGAGAUCGACGUGGAUGCCGUAGCGUGCGACGGCGAGGUCAUCGCCAUCGCCGUGUCCGAGCACGUGGAGAACGCAGGGGUGCACUCCGGGGACGCUACGCUGGUCACGCCACCCCAGGACAUCAACCAGAAGACCAUGGAGCGCAUCAAACUGAUCGUGCAUGCCAUCGGACAAGAGCUACAAGUCACCGGGCCGUUCAACUUGCAACUCAUUGCUAAGGACGACCAGCUGAAAGUGAUCGAGUGCAAUGUCCGAGUCUCACGCUCCUUCCCGUUUGUCUCCAAAACCCUGGGUGUAGAUCUUGUGGCUUUGGCAACCCAGGUCAUCAUGGGACAGGAAGUGGAAGCUGUAGGACUCAUGACUGGGAACGGAAUUGUUGGUGUUAAGGUUCCUCAGUUCUCGUUCUCUCGUCUGGCCGGCGCCGACGUCGUGCUGGGUGUGGAGAUGACGAGCACCGGCGAGGUGGCCUGCUUCGGCGAGAACCGUUACGAGGCUUACCUGAAAGCCAUGCUCAGCACAGGUUUCAAAAUCCCUAAGAAGAACAUCCUCCUGUCUAUUGGCAGCUACAAGAAUAAAAGCGAGCUCCUGCCUACAAUUCAGGCUUUGGAGAGUCUUGGAUACAACCUGUACGCCAGUCUGGGGACUGCUGACUUCUACACUGAACACGGUGUCAAAGUGAUGGCUGUCGACUGGCCGUUCGAAGAAGAGAGCGACUGCCCUAACAAGGACAAGCAAAGAAACAUCAUGGACUACUUGGAGGAGAACCACUUUGACAUGGUGAUCAACCUGUCCAUGAGGAACGCCGGCGGACGUCGCUUGUCCUCCUUCGUGACCAAAGGGUACCGAACCCGGCGCAUGGCGGUGGACUACUCCGUACCUCUGAUCAUCGAUAUCAAGUGCACCAAACUUUUUGUUCAGGCGUUGAGGCAGAUCGGUCAAGCUCCUCCCAUCAAGACGCACAUCGACAGCAUGACCUCCCAGAAACUUAUCCGGUUACCUGGCCUCAUCGAUGUUCAUGUCCACCUCCGAGAACCUGGUGCCACCCACAAAGAGGAUUUCUCCUCGGGCACGGCCGCCGCCCUGGCAGGAGGCAUUACCAUGGUUUGCGCGAUGCCCAACACCAACCCUGCUGUGAUCGACCCCAGCUCUCUAGCUCUGGUCCAGAAGCUGGCGAAAGCGGGGUGUCGCUGCGACUACGCUUUAUACGCCGGAGCCGUUUCAGAUAACGCGACGAUCCUGCCGUCUAUCGCGAACGCAACGGCGGGGCUGAAGAUGUACCUCAAUGAUACUUACUCCACGCUGAAGAUGGACAACGUUUCCUUGUGGAUGGAGCAUUUCGAAAAGUGGCCAAAGCACCUACCCAUCGUGGCCCACGCCGAGAAGCAGACCGUAGCCGCCAUUUUAAUGGUGGCUCAACUCUACCAGAGGCCUGUUCACAUUUGCCAUAUUGCCAAAAAAGAGGAGAUUCUGAUAAUCCGAGCCGCAAAACAGAAGGGCAUCCAGGUGACCUGCGAAGUGGCUCCUCAUCACCUCUUCCUGUGCGAAGACAACGUGUCCGACUUGGGGGACGGCAGGGCGCAGGUGCGACCCAUGCUAGGCACCCGAGAGGACAUGGAGGCGUUGUGGGAAAAUCUGGAUAUCAUCGAUUGUUUUGCUACUGAUCACGCUCCUCACUCGUUGGAGGAGAAGGACUCUGAAAAGCCUCCUCCAGGUUACCCGGGUCUGGAGACCAUGCUGCCCCUGCUGCUCACCGCCGUCAGCGAAGGCCGCCUCACCGUCGACGACAUCGUCAAGCGGCUCUACGAAAACCCGGCACACAUUUUCUCGCUUCCUCUCCAAGAGAACACCUACGUCGAGGUGGAUCUGGAGCAAGAGUGGAUCAUCCCGAAGCACAUGCAGUUCACGAAAUCGAAGUGGACCCCGUUCGAGGGCAUGAGGGUGAAGGGGAAAGUGAUGAGGGUGGUGCUGAGAGGGGAGGUUGCCUACAUAGACGGACAGGUCCUAGUGCCUCCCGGUUACGGGGAAGACGUGAAAACAUGGGCAGUGCCUCCUAAUCAGUCAACGGCUCCUGAAGCAUCUAAGGAGAUCCAAAAGACUCCUGAACAUCCCAGACAAGCGACUCAGGGUGAAUCUUUGCGUACCCGAGCUGCGAGUCCACGCCGAGCAGCCGGAGAGCGUUUCAUGCUUCCGCCUCGAGUCCAUCACGCGUCCGAUCCCGGGCUGCCACCAGAAUUGGCUCCUGUUCCCGAGUUGUGCUCACAUCCUCCUCCGCUCGUCCGAAUCCUCUCGCCUCAGAGCAUCCAGACUCCGGUUGUGUCUCACCUCCAGACUUCUCCUCUGCUUCACCCCUUAGUGGCUCAGCACAUCCUUUCUGCACGCCAGUUUACCAAGGAGCAGAUGUCCCACUUGUUCAACGUGGCUCACACACUUCGCCUGAUGGUCCAGAAAGAGAGGAGUCUGGACAUCUUAAAGGGUAAGGUGAUGGCCUCCAUGUUCUACGAGGUGAGCACUCGGACCAGCAGCUCUUUCGCGGCAGCGAUGCAGCGCCUCGGGGGAUCUGUGGUGCACUUCAGCGAGUCAACGUCCUCCACACAGAAGGGCGAGUCCCUGGCCGACUCGGUGCAGACCAUGAGCUGCUACGCCGACGUGAUCGUCCUGCGUCAUCCAGUGCCUGGAGCUGUAGAGAAAGCCGCCAAGCAUUGUCGGAGGCCGGUAAUAAACGCCGGUGACGGUGUUGGAGAGCAUCCCACCCAGGCCCUGCUGGACAUCUUCACCAUCCGCGAGGAGCUCGGCACAGUCAACGGCAUGACCAUCACGAUGGUGGGAGAUCUGAAGCACGGCAGGACGGUGCAUUCUUUAGCUCGGCUUCUGACUCAGUAUCGCAUCACGCUGCGCUACGUUUCCCCCAAAAACCUCAGCAUGCCUCAUGAGAUCGUCGACUUUGUGGCGUCUAAAGGAAUAAAGCAGGAGGAGUUCAGCAGUAUUGAAGAAGCGCUGCCUGAUACCGACGUCCUUUACAUCACACGCAUACAGAAAGAGCGUUUCGCCUCCGAAGACGAGUACAACGCGUGCUUCGGGAAGUUUAUCCUGACCCCCCACAUCAUGACCGGAGCCAAGAGGAAAAUGGUGGUCAUGCAUCCACUACCGAGGGUUAACGAAAUCAGCGUGGAGGUGGACACGGACCCUCGUGCCGCUUAUUUCCGCCAGGCCGAAAACGGGAUGUACAUCCGGAUGGCGCUUCUGGCCACCGUCCUCGGACGCUGAGACUCCGGAACUCUGCGGUGAAUCUCAUACAGUCUCCUAGAAGAGACGUACCUUAUGAAACGUCAUCAGUCCACUAUCGACUUCGGAGGGACCGUAGUACUGCUUCUUCUCAAUCUUGGUGUCUUACUGUGUUAAAUGUCGUGCCAAUGUGGUUUACGGGGACUGCGUUGUUUAUGAUUAAAGGGAUCAUGGGAACGGCUGCUUUAUAUAUUUUUCCAAAUAAAACUCAUGACUCAGCA